UCAAAAGAAAAAAGUUUUGGAUGUGCGCUCUUGCCCCUCCUCCUCUUCGUCUUGGCUGAUUUGAGGAGAACGUAAACAGCUCUGCGCACGUCUUAUCAGCGAGGAGCAGCCUUGCAACCGUGUUGCCCUAUCCGCGCUAUCUCGGGCCAAAACAGGACGAGCCCCCCCUCGGUGCAGAUGCGCGCCUCUGUGUUUCAGCUUGUUCUCAUGUUGGGCACAACGAGACAACACCGGUCUUUGCGUUCAUCGACAAGACAGGAGGAUGACCUGUGAUCACCUGAGACGAUUGUUGGCACUUUCCAUCAUAGCGUGCGUCGCGAGCGUGGCCUCCGGCAUCCCGGGCAGCCGAAAUUUCCAGAGGAAAGGUAGGGCCGAUCUUUAAAUAACCAUAUGGCUCCAUCGCCGGACGGCUAUAGAAACAGAUGGCUGACCGAACUGAGAGGAGUAAAACAAAACCAAAAAAAACCCCUUUUCUUUUUUGCCACGGUGCUAACCCGUGUGACGUGCGGCAUCGAAACAUCACCUCUCCAGUCGCUAUUACGCUGGAAAAGGAGCCAGAAACCCCCAAAUGCUUUGCAGAGCGCAAGAAGGACUUCACCUGCUUCUGGGAGGAAGAUGAGGAGAGGGCUGGCCCUGUGGAGGACUAUUCCUUCACAUACACCUACCAAAAUACAAACAGCAGCGAAUGCCCACUGACAGCCCGCAAUAUGCCAGGGGGAAAGACGCUGUACAGCUGCCACCUGGAUCAAGCUUCCAUGUUUGUCCCAAUGGACAUUGAAAUUCGUCGAGACGGAAACCUGAUCCACAAUCGCAGCCUUCUGGCGGAACUUUUCUUUCUGCUGGACCCUCCCGCUAACGUGACUGUGAGUCGCACCGGCCAAGAGGGUCAGCUGAAUGUCAGCUGGAUACCUCCUCCUCUCAAACACAUGGACGACAGCAUGAUGUACGAGGUCUCCUACGCCACGCUCGACAGUCAUACGGCACAGGUCGAGGUGGUACAAGCCAGCUCCAGGAUGAUCUUGAGGAGCCUGCAGCCAGGCACUAAGUACACGGUGCGGGUUCGGGCAAAACUGGAUGGAAUUAGCUACAAUGGCUACUGGAGUUUGUGGAGUGACCCAGUAUUCAUGGAGACACCGCCUGCAGAACUCAACCCACUCAUUGUGUUCCUAAUCUUCAUCACGUCUUUCAUCCUAAUGGUGCUGUCUUUCGCUGUGCUCGUGUCCAAUCGCAGGUUUCUAAGAAAGAAGAUUUGGCCAACUAUUCCAACUCCCGAUGGAAGGUUUCAAGGCCUUUUUACUGAUUACGGUGGUGACUUUCAGGAGUGGUUGAGCCACACAACCGGGGGCUUGUGCUCGACCCCAGCGUUGUUCUACAACGAGGAAUACCCCACUUCUCUGGAGGUUCUCUCAGAGCUAAGCCUGAAGCCCCCACUACCCCCUCCACCUCUACCACCAAAAAUGUCGAGCGCUUUCACACUCCAAUACACAGAGGAGGAUGUGCAGAAGGGUCUGGAUUUGGCACAAAUGCCACAAAAUCACUGGCUGAUGGAGAACUUAAGUGUGCAGAACCAGCACCCAGUUCCUUGCUCCCAGUCAUCUCGACUGGAGUCUCAGGAUACCUAUGUCACCCUCACUGAGAACAACCACAGCCAAGAAAAUAACACUUUGCCCCUGGAGGUGCUUUUGGCCUUUAAAAAGACAAUGCUGACUGAAGCUCACUGACCUGGGUCUGUACCACAGCUUCAGUAACCAAAGCAUGGCUGGAUACCCAAAAGACAUGGGGUACACACUCCAAGUCCUCUGUGGAACAUAGUCCCAUGAGUAGAGCAGAUUAUUUAUGCCUGUUCAAGGAUGAACCUUCCUGCCAAUGCAGCCAUUAGCCCAGGAUGACUCCCGAGUUGACAAAAACCCAGAUGGAUGGGACUGAGGCAAGCAGGAGACCAUUUGGAUCAUCAGCCUUCUCAUCGGCACCGCCACAAUGACAAAGAAGUAUCUCCAGUCUUCCGAGACCUGUCAGAGUACUUAGAAAUGCUAAUCUCUGUGUUGUUCUCGCUAAACACUAGUAUUCAGGUUGGCAUAUAAAUCUGGUGUCCCUGUAGAAUGUGUAUAACUUUACAACAUUUGAUUGGCCUUUCCUUAGAGAUUCUUUUACUGUAUAUUCAAGAAAUUGUAAUAUCCAUCCAUCCAUCCAUUUUCUGAGCCGCUUCUCCUCACUAGGGGCGCGGGCGUGCUGGAGCCUAUCCCAGCUGUCAUCGGGCAGGAGGCGGGGUACACCCUCAACUGGUUGGAAAUUGUAAUAAUUGUUAGCAAAGAAAACACAGCUGAGACGUUGAAAGACUGAACAGAGAGCAACGAGCCAUCAAUAUUUAAAUGCUUCGCCGACAGAUGAUGGCGGAUCUAAAAGUCCAUUCAUUCAUUUGCUAUGACUAUUCAGUCAAGGUGUACUACAUCCCCACUGGUCGCCAGUCAAUCGCAGGGCGCGAUCAUGGAGCGUGCAUAGAGGGCCACACCAGCGAAAUGAAAAUCAACCUUGGGAAACACUUCACUAUAUGGCUCUUCUUUUAAAUCUGACAGAACUUAUUUCUCUCUGCCAUUAUAACCUCAUUGUCAGAGCAAAGGAGGUACUGUAAGUCCACUGCCAUCCUCUGGGUGUUUUGGGCUACAGCUCCACAUAUUCGCCCACUAGCCAUCCAUCCAUUUUGUGAGCCGCUUCUCCUCACGCGGGUCGCGGGCGUGCUGGAGCCUACCCCAGCUGCCAUCGGGCAGGAGGCGGGGUACACCCUGAACGGGUUGCCAGCCAAUCGUAGGGCACAUACAAACAAACAACCAUUCGCACUCACAGUCACACCUACGGGCAAUUUAGAGUCACCAAUAAAUGCACGUUUUUGGGAUGUGGGAGGAAAGCGGAGAAAACCCACGCAGGCGCGGGGAGAACAUGCAAACUCCACACAGGCGGGGCCGGGGAUUGAACCCGGGUCCUCAGAACUGUGAGGCUGACGCUCUAACUGGUCAUCCACCGUGCCGCUUCACACGCUAUGUACUAAGAAAUAACGUCUGUUCCCAUGCUAGUACCGUUUUGUGCACAUCAAUGCUGCCUCGACGAGUUGUGCCAUACUGGAGGUCCGCGUGGAAGUAGUGCAACUUGCCGUAAUUGGCAUCAUGUCGUUCUUCAAGAGACCACAAAUGUCUUUAUUAGACUGAAUCAAUAGAGCCUUUACUGGUUGCAGCCAAGUAGUGCACUCCACUCCAUUUUUCCUCAAUUGCUUUGAGGCAUGAUGAAUCAAGAAUCAAUUAUAUAGCAAUUCAUUGAUUACGACCAUCCCCACUCAGAAUCUUGGUUGCUACAACUGAUUAGAAACACCCCAUCUUCGUUCAUUGCAUUAGCAUGUGGGCAUGCGCAAAGUUGCG